AUGCCACCAGAUAGAAAAAAAAAAUUAAAUGAUAAAAAUAUGGGAGUUGUCAUAAGAAGUGGAAUAAAUUUUGAAGCAUUUUUGAUUGAGCCUCUCAUCAUUUCAUCUUCCUUCCUUCCCCGUCGUCAUAAUGUCACGACGAGAGCUGAAAUGAAACGUAAUUUAUGCAAAUUACAAUAUUGCGAAAUAUUCGUCAGAUUUUACUUUCUCACUGUGACAUUCAAAGCCAAGCAGAAAAAUGAAUGA